AUGAAGCUUACUAUCGCCUCUGCUAUCAUCGCUGCCAGUUCAGCUUUUGCUGUUCCUACUUCUAAGCGAAAUGGCUUCUUGGCGAUCACUGAAUUCACUGCUAUUGCGGGUCCCUCGGACCCUGGAGCAUCCAUGCACUUCGUCGUCACCGACCCGAAGUAUCCAAAUGACACACCAACAGACUGCAACCUGAUCUGGGAUUAUGGUCAACUGCCAAAGCAGACUGCCCGUUGCAACGAUGGAGAAUACUAUAUCAAGUUCCCACAGGGUGCUCCAAACUUCAACCUCUUUACUCUGGAGCUACAGAGAGUCAAUGGCUCUAUUCCUGAGGAUGGAUGGGCUGUAUUGAACUCCAAUGCCAAUGGUGGUGCUCCUGGGACCAAGUGGAUUUGUCAAGAUAACCCGCAAGCCGAUGUUGACAUUAAGUGUGCCUAUAACGGUACUCUUUAUAUGUCGGUUUAA